UCGUCCCUUGCGCCGCCCCCUCCUCUGUCCCCCUUCCCCAGCCCCCCUCCCGCCGUCCCCGCGCGGUGGCGGCCGCCGGAGCCACGUGUGCGGGCGUGCAGGGAAGCGCGGCCACGCCUGGCCCGGCCAUCAUUCCCGACGCGGCGGCCCCUCGGUGCGCCCGGCCGGGUCUCCGAGCGCCGGGUCCGCGAGAUGAGCGCCGGCUCGGAGCGCCGGGCGGCGGCGGCCCCCAGAGCGGUGCCCGCGCCCCGCGCCUCCAGGGUGGAGCUGCGGCUUAGCUGCCGCCACCUGCUGGACCGCGACCCGCUCACCAAGUCCGACCCCAGCGUGCUGCUGCUGCUGCGGUCCCAGAAUCAGUGGGUGCAGGUGGACAGAACGGAAGUGGUCCGGAGCAGCCUGCACCCUGUGUUCUCCAAGGUCUUCACGCUCGACUACUACUUUGAGGAGGUGCAGAAGCUGCGCUUUGAGGUCUAUGACACCCGGGGACCCAGCGACCUUGGCUAUCAGGACGAUGACUUCCUUGGGGGCAUGGAGUGCACCUUGGGGCAGAUUGUGGCCCAGAAGAAGGUGACCCGUGCCCUGCUGCUCAGGUUCGGCAGGAAUGCCGGCAAGUCCACCAUCACGGUGACAGCUGAGGACAUCUCCGGGAACAAUGGCUACGUGGAGCUGUCCUUCCGGGCCAGGAAGCUGGACGACAAGGACCUCUUCAGCAAGUCAGACCCCUUCCUGGAGCUAUACCGGGUCAAUGACGAUGGGAGUGAGCAGCUGGUGUACCGGACCGAGGUGGUGAAGGACAACCUGAGCCCCGUGUGGGAGCCUUUCAAGGUGUCACUGAACACCCUCUGCAGCUGUGAGGAGACGCGGCCUCUGAAGUGCCUCGUCUGGGAUCACGACUCCCGCGGAAAGCACGACUUCAUCGGGGAAUUCUCCACCACCUUUGAGGAAAUGCAGAAAGCCUUUGGGGAGGACCAGGCCCAGUGGGACUGCGUGAAUGCCAAGUACAGGCAGAAGAAGCGUAAUUACAAGAACUCUGGGGUGGUCAUCCUGGCAGACCUGAAGGGUUCACUCUUUCCUGGACUACAUCAUGGGCGGCUGUCAGAUUCACUUCACCGUGAGUGCACGGGCCCCUCCACACCAGCAGAGCCCGGGCGCCCUGCCCACCCUGGAUGUAACUCGGAGCCUGGCCCGGGGCCCGGGGCGGAUGUGCAGAAGUGGCCAUCGAUUUCACAGCCUCCAACGGUGACCCGCGGAACAGCUGCUCUCUGCACUAUAUCAACCCUUUCCAGCCCAAUGAGUACCUGCAGGCCCUGGUGGCCGUGGGAGAGAUCUGCCAGGACUAUGACAGGUGUGGUCCCUGUCCCCCCCCCCCCCACCACUGGCCUUGUUCCCAGGACUAUGACAGUGACAAGAGAUUUUCUGCUCUGGGGUUUGGAGCACGGAUCCCUCCCAAGUAUGAGGUGUCCCAUGACUUUGCCAUCAACUUCAACCCUGAGGACGAUGAGUGUGAAGGGAUCCAGGGCGUGGUGGAGGCCUAUCGGAACUGCCUGCCCAGGGUCCAGCUCUACGGCCCCACCAACGUGGCCCCUGUCAUCUCCAAGGUGGCCCGCAUGGCAGCGGCCGAGGAGAGCACUGGGGAGGCCUCCGCACAGAGCCCCCAGAAGCCACAGUCUGCAGCCUCUUGUCCGGUUACCUCUUAGUGUUUUGGUGUGUAUUUUCUACUGUCCCUGUAUCCUCUUACAUAAUCGUAGCACAAAUAUCAAUUUCAGGAAAUGUAACUUAGCUACUGCACUUUUAUCUAAUCUAUGGGAUAUGUUCCCAUUUCAUGAACUUCCCCGAUUAUAAUUCCCUAGCACUACGUUUCUGGCACAGGAUCCAGGCCGGAAUCAAGGAUAGCAGGCAUCUUCCCAUAUUAGUUUGAAGCAAGUCCUAGAUACAUAGCUUCGUCUGCAAAUAUGGCUAUGAAUGCCCAAAAGAGAGAUAAAACAUAGCUACAAUGCACUGUCUCCCCUGAAAGACAAGGUUGGUCCCCUAGGAUGAAAUACCUGGGUGGUAUAUGCACGCCCAGCUGGAUAAUUCACGUCCUGGUGGUUUUCACAGGCAGAGCAGGGUUAAAACGGCCCCUUGUGUGGUUGGUGGACCCCUCCCCUCCCCACUCUGCCCAUCACCGGCUUCCCGUGCUGUGCAGCCGGCUUGUGUGUCCCGUAGGGUCUCCUGGUCUGGACUCUGCUGACCGUGUCCCUUGGUGGCAUUCACCACAUUCUUGUCGUCUGAUUCCCGUGAACAGGACUCAGGCUUCCCCCGAGGUGACAGGAAUGUCCCCAGGAGGCACUCACGUCUGCUUCUCCCCUCUGUCAGAGCCUGCAUCUUAACCGAGAUGCUUCACGGGGUUUUGUGGGCUGUUAGACCCCCUCUCAGAGCAGCGCUGAUACUGUGCGUAGGCGCUAGGUGUGACCUGGGACCACCCGAUUUUCUCCUCUCUUUCCGUCCCGAGGGAAAGCAGGGUCCCUUCUUUCCAAGGCAGAUACAGCCUCCUGGGGCCGGGCCACAGCCACCCACUGCCCAGCCCUGGGAGGCCCCGAGCUCGGGGGCCUCAGAGCAAAUCUGCCGUUCUGGUGGGGGGUGACGGAGCUCAGCGUUUGAGUAG